GUAAGAGGUUGCCAGUUGGCCAUCCCGGGUCGCAUCUACGGUGCCCCUCCAAAACAACACGGGAUUAUCACAAUGAUCUCAUUCAUGUCCGUAAAAGGUGGGUGGAAUUACACACCAGAUGUCCAUUAGAGACUGGAAGAGUGUGGACAAUUGAUCCACCCAAGCCUGAAGCAUGAGUGGCAUACCACCCCGGAGAAGUGGACAACCAAACCCACCGAGAAUUUCUCCGCAUGCGAGACACCCGAGUUGAUCUUCGAUGGAGCAAGCACACCUGCAGCACAGAAGCACUGCCCCUCAUUGCCAGCGACACAAACAAAUAAGAAGGAUGAUCGACCCCUCCUUUUUCAAUCACCCUCAAUUCUCACGGUCAUCCAUCCCUUACUACCCCCCAUAAUUCACAAUAAGCCCGUGAUGCCCAAACCCUCCUCCCAGAUUCACCGCGCCUGGUGGAAGGAGAGCUCCGUCUAUCAGAUCUGGCCCGCCUCUUACAAAGACAGCAACGAUGACGGCAUCGGCGACAUCCCCGGCAUCGUCUCGAAGCUGGACUACAUCAAGGACCUGGGCGUCGAUAUCGUCUGGCUCUGCCCCUCGUACAAGUCGCCCCAGGUCGACAUGGGGUACGAUAUUUCCGACUACUACAGCAUCGCCGACGAGUACGGCACGGUCGCGGACGUCGAGAACCUGAUCCAGGGCUGCCACGCGCGGGGCAUGAAGCUGCUCAUGGAUCUCGUGGUGAACCAUACCAGCGACCAGCACGAGUGGUUCAAGCAGUCGCGCAGUUCCAAGGACAACGAGUACCGGAACUGGUACGUUUGGAAGCCGGCGCGGUACGACGAGCAGGGCAACCGCCAACCGCCCAACAAUUGGGUUUCGCACUUCCAAGGAAGCGCCUGGCAGUGGGACGAGCACACCCAGGAAUACUACCUCCACCUGUACGCGACCGAGCAGCCGGAUCUCAACUGGGAGCACCCGCCCGUGCGCCAGGCGGUGCACGAGAUUGUGCGCUUCUGGCUGGACAAGGGCGCCGACGGGUUCCGCAUGGACGUCAUCAACUUCAUCAGCAAGGACCAGCGAUUUCCCGACGCGCCGGUCCAGGAUCCGCGGACGCCCUGGCAGUGGGGCGACAAGUACUACGCCAACGGCCCGCGACUGCACGAGUACCUGCAGGGCAUCGGCCAGAUCCUGAAAGAAUAUGACGCCUUCAGCGUGGGCGAGAUGCCCUUCGUCCGCGACACCAACGAGGUCCUCCGCGCCGUGCGCUACGACCGCAACGAGAUCAACAUGAUCUUCAACUUCGAGCACGUCGACAUCGACCACGGCCCGUACGGCGACAAGUUCCAGCCCGGCAGCUGGAAGCUUACCGAUCUCAAGAGCUUUUUUGAGACGUGGCAGAAGUUCAUGUACGAGAAUGACGGCUGGAAUGCCCUGUACUGGGAGAACCAUGAUCAGCCGCGCUCGAUUGACCGGUACACGAGCGCGAAGGAGGAGUACCGCGCCGAGGCGGGAAAGAUGCUGGCGACGAUCCUGGCGCUGCAGUCUGGCACGCCGUUUGUGUACCAGGGCCAGGAGCUGGGGAUGAGGAAUGUGCCCGUGGAGUGGGAUAUCAGCGAGUAUAAGGACAUUGACUGUCUCAAUCACUGGCAUAGACUCCUCAAACAGAAGCCCGAUGACAUCGAAGCGCAGAAGAUCGCCCGCCAGGAAUACCAGAAGAAGUCCCGCGACAACGGCCGCACCCCGGUGCAAUGGUCCGCGGGCCCGAACGGCGGCUUCACCGGCCCCCACGUCAAGCCCUGGAUGUCGGUCAAUCCCGACUCCGAGCGCGUCAACGCCGAGGCGCAGGUCAAGGACCCGCAGUCGACGUACCACUACUGGUCCUCCGUGCUGGGGCUGCGGAAGAAGUUCCUCGAUAUCUUUGUCUACGGGGACUACACGCUGGUCGAUCGGGAGAGCCAGGAGGUCUUCGCGUACACCCGGCAGUACGAGGACCAGAAGGCGCUGGUGCUGGCCAACUGGACCGACCAGACGCUGGAGUGGGAUCCGGUCGCCAGUGGGGUGGAGGCCGUGAAGGGGGUGGUCCUGAACACAUACGAGAGCGCCGAAUCGGCUGGGGGGAGGUUCCAGAGUGGUGGGAAAUGGUCGCUCCGUCCGUAUGAGGCGGUGGUUGUGCUGGUGCCGGCGUGAAAUGAUCUGAUGACGUGCUGAAAAUGAUUUGAAUGAAUUAGCAAGACUUUUAAUAAGAUGUGCCUUCACUUUUGAGGGGGUCUUGGGCAUGCAUCUAGAUCCUGGGGAUUGCGUAUCAGAUAUGGUUCCAUUGGGAUACCUCCCCUGACCUGGGUAGGGGUGGGGAGAAAGAUGCAAUGAUAUACUAGAAAGGAUGCAAAUGCUGUUCUAAUCACAUAGCAAGGCCGGCGAACUGUGAAGUUGAUACUCAGUCCGGUCCCAAGUCUAACAACCUUAUGCUCCCAAC